CACCAACAGACACCUUUCACUCACUUCUACAUCACGCCUACUGCGCACCUCAACAUCAACCCAUUCAUCCCUCCCCCAACACUCCCGCCUGCCAUGACCGAGCACGAAGCCCAAAGCUCUCCCCUGGCCGACGACGUGCCGGACCCAGCUACGCUGAGGCAGCUGCGCAUCCGCAAGAUAACCACCCUUGGCCCCAUGUUGUACAUCUGGCUUGUCACUGUCGUGAUGAUCACCUGUCGCGACGGCGUUGACAGCAUCUUCAAGGCCUACGGUGUGUACGACUGGGCCGGCAUGGUCUGGUUGGCGACCAUGUGGGUGCCCGCCGCUCAGGCGCUUCUCGUCCGCUACAAGAUCAAGUCCAAGGAUGACCAAACGCUCGUUGCUGGCACGACCAAGACCGUCCGCACGUACGAUCUGGAGCAGGCCCGCGAUUUGCUUCGAGGCUGCCUCCUAAUGGCGGGCAUUCAGCUCACCUUCUUUUUCCUUCCUACGCUCUUGGCCGCUGUCAUGCCCGGGAACUGGGACGCGGACAAGGCCUGGAAGACAACGGGCGUACAGCUUGCCUUGAACUUCCUCCCAUUCAACUUCAUCCUCUACCUUCAGUUCCCUAUCUCCCAGAUUCACCUCUUCAACGCCGAGCCCGUCGGCGCAUACGCCCGUCCGUUCUGGCGCCCGAAGGUUGUUCCUCUCUCAGCGAGGUGGAAGGCAUGGCGCCAGCGCCGCGCUGCCGCGCACAACUCCCCCUCAAUCGCUCGAGCUGCAACCACUGCUGGCGAGCUGUUCCCGCCUGAGAAGGAGUCUGUCAAGCUCGUCAACGUCUAGUCUGUCUAGGCUCUGGGUCUGCGCCCACUUUACGUCGGCCGGCAUCUCCAACUAUCUGGCCUCCGCCUAGACCCGAUUUGUAUGACGCUCACAUGUACUCUCGUUGUUCACUGA